AUGCCCAGCCGCGACGCGAGCUCGGCGCCUGUGCCGCGCCCGCGCCUGCCUUGUACUACGGCUCUUAUCGCCGAUAAGCUCCCGCCGCCUCCCACUGCGACCACCUUCUCGGAGCUUUGUGCUGCUGCCUCCAGUCUGAGCUCCGCCUGCAACCGCCCCCGCCUCUUCUCCGUGCCAACGUCCAGUCUCGAAAACACUACCAUGAAUCCCGAUACGCUUGCCCCUGCCGACGUCACCACAGCUCUGCAGGAGCUCGAGGCGUCGCCCGUCGCGUCCAAGACCACCGGCUACGACGAGCUGCUCACCAACAUCAUCGAUACCUCGACCCCCGAUACUCUCGCCCCGAACCUCGUGGCAUACGUCGAGUCGCUUUUGGGAGACACUAAUGGCAUUGUAACAUCACGCCGACUGCUUGCAUCUUUCGUCUCACGCUUCCGCGACAUCGCAAAUGCCGACGUCAAGGUCGAGGUGGGCACGCGCGCAUUGGCUCUGCUGGCACCCAAGGUCGUGUCGUACGAGGAGCAGGAUACUGCCGUCAAAGAAAUCCUAGCGGAUGCCUACCAGGAAAACGACGACUUUAUUGCAUCCGCCAAGAUCCUCCAGACCAUUCCGCUCGACUCGUCCCAGCGCACCAUCUCCGCCGACGACAAGGCCGCCGUGUGGAUCCGCAUCGUGCGCUGCUAUCUGGAGGAAGACGACCCGACGUCCGCCACGACAUAUCUCAACCGCGUGAAGAACGUUCUGCACGACGUCACGGACAAGACCACCAAGCUCCAAUUCCAGCUGUCUCAAGCCCGCAUCCACGACUCGCAGCGGAACUUUCUGGAUGCCAGCGCAGCCUACCACCAAAUCAGCAACGAGCUCAUCAUCGACGAGGAGGAGCGUCUCCACAGCCUUUCUGCCGCCAUCGUCUGCGCUGUCCUUGCCCCCGCCGGUCCCCAGCGCUCGCGCACCCUCGCCCGCCUCUACAAGGACGACCGCGCCUCGCAGGUGGACCAGUAUGCCAUCCUCGAGAAGAUCUUCCUGGACCGGCUCCUCAUCCCGGCCGAAGUCGAGGCGUUCGCGGCCAAGCUCCAACCGCACCAGCUUGCCAAGACGUCGGACGGCAGCACAGUGCUCGACAAGGCCGUGCUCGAGCACAACCUGCUUGCGGCCUCGCGCUUGUACAGCAACAUCGGCAUCGACCAGCUGGCCGAGCUGCUCAACGUCGACGCCGAGCGCGCCGAGGCUUACGCCGCGCAGAUGAUCGAGCAGGGCCGCCUGGCUGGCUACAUCGAUCAGAUCGCCCGUUACAUCUACUUCGAGGGCGGCGAGGGCUCCGGCCAGCGCAAGACCGGCCACCUCGAGCGCGUCGUCGGCGGCGAGCUGCGCAAGUGGGAUGACAACGUCAGGAGCUUGGCCGAGGAAGUCGAGCGCGUAACGACCAUGGUUCAGAGCCAGCAUCCCGAGUUCUAUGCGAAGACAAUGGUGGUCUGA